AGUCGACUGCUGUCUCAGACGUUGAUGAAUCAUGGACUUUGCAAAGGAACUGCAAAAUAUUUUGGAUGAGUUGCGUAUUUCCGACAGUGAUCGCACCAACUACACUAAGGAUGCUAUAGAAAUCCAAAAUCAUGUGAUUGAGAAAUUAAAGUUGGCAGACGAUAAUUUCCACAAGGCAUUUGAUGGACUUAGUCUUGGAGGAAGCUACUUGGAUAGGGUGAAAUUGAAAACCCCUGAUGAAUUUGAUUUGCAUAUGAAGCUGAAGUUUCCAUUCCCAAUCACCCCGGAGAAUGACGAGAAGGGAUUCGUGCUCUUGUGUGCAAAUUACCACAAUCAUCCUAUCGUAGCCGGCAAUUACAUAAAUCGAAAGAAUCUUCAAGAUUGGUUACGCGAUGCAUUCGAUAGGGCGUUCAAAUCAAAAGUAAGUCUUCGAUGCAAGACUGGAGAGGAAUAUGACGUAAUCUACACGGCCAAGGGCUACGGAUGUGCCCACACCAUUGAAGCUGAGGGGGAGACUCGUUCCAUAUCGUUCGAUAUCGUGCCAGCAUUCGAGUUCGCUUCGGCCCAGUGGCCGUGCGGCAAUCCAGGCAUUUAUAACAGCCGUAAGAAAAAUAUGCGUAAAUUCCCAUGGUUCGCUGUACCGCAACACAAGCCGGGCUCAAGGGACGAUCAGCGAACCUUUAUGGUAUGUGCCCCCCAUUGGGAACGCCAGGUAACGCAGGAUAUGGAUAACUUCAAAAAUGUGUUGCGCCUGAUGAAGGGAUUGCGCGACGCUCACGCGACCGAUUUUCCUCAUCUAUCAAGCUACAUGAUGAAAACUGUCUUGCUCCAUCAACUGGGAAAAGUUAGCUGGACAAUGAAUUUGCCGACUCUCUUUAUAAAGAUGUGGAAGUGUUUGGUAGAUUAUCUACUAAGUGGCUAUAUGAAUUUUUUUUUGGCAAAUGGCCAUAACAUUUUUGAUCGGAUGAGUCGUGGAGAAGUCCACACGUGCUACACUACAGCUUCACGUUUACUUGCGGAGCUUCAGUAUGUUGAUCUUAAUAAAAACUACGACGAAAUCGCUAAACUUUUUAAAGUUUUUGAUUAAGACAACAUUUGUAUACAUUAAACAUUUUGUAUUUGUGUUCUAUUCUUCCAAAUAAAUUCAUAUC